AUGGCGAUGAGAAACCCAAAUAGACCUCGAAUCGUCAACCCAAGAGCCAAUGGCUCGAAUACCUUCGGUGUGAUGAUCGAGUGGACGUUUAUGAGGGAUCCAAUCGAACAAUCGGUUAUGAAAUUAUACCGCAUCACGCCUGCGCAUUACCUCUACUCAGCCACUGAACAGUUCGAAGCCGACCCAGAUGUGGCCGUGCUUCUUACGGAUCCAACGAAAAAGCUUGCCUAUAAAGAUAUCAACGGUGUCUUCCUGGAUACGAAGAAGAGCUUCGAUGAAUGCGGGUUGAUUCCACCAGGACCUCCAGGUCAAGGAGUCAAAACGAUUGAGGCCGAACUCGUUGACAUUGAUAGUGGAGCUGGAACAAGCACGCAAUAA